AUGAUACAAAACUUCACUACAGAUUGCUGUACACACCUGUUCCAAGCCCACCCCAACCCCCAAAUGCUGCCAACACAACUAUUUCCCGGCCUGUUGGGCCUGUCGACGAAGGAGCACGUAGAUCUUCUCUUUAAUCCAUUCUUCGUUAUAAGGCUGUUAUGUCUGGGUAUCAGCUCGGUAAACAAGACAGCUGAGGUCCGCCAGAUCAUCAAUAAAAUCAAACAACUGGCUGAUAUCAUAUGUGAUAGAGGGGCUGUUGGGAUUCAUUCUCUUCAGAUGUUCUUCAUACAUUUUACAAACAUCUUCCAUGCACUCAUUCACUGA